CAAUCUUAAUGCCGGAAUAUUCAAUUCUUCAAACACCCCAAUUCAAGCAAAUCCUCCUCAACAUCUGUACUACAAUCAACACCCUUCUCAUCAAAAUAUUCUCCACCCUCCUCAAUUUACUAAUUCAAAUUUUCAUCAACACCCAAAUAUGUUUUCUACACAUCAUUACCCUUACCCCCCUCAUUACCAUCCUUUAUAUUACCCAAACAACCAACCAUUCUUUCCAACCUAUCCAAACAAUAUUAUUAAUUUUGGUGAUUCUUCGCAUUCUGACACAAUGCUAAAUUUUCGAGAAAACUUUCCAAUAAAUGAGGGUUUUCAACAUUUUUACCAUCCAAAUUUGCCUACACCCCAACAAGCAACACCGUCAUCUUUUAAUAUUGAGACUAGAUCUCUCGAAGCCUCAAGAGGUAUGAUCGCCUCGACAUCUGACAAUUUGGCACCGUCACACAAUUAUUUGAACCAAGAAAAAAAUAAAACCAAAAAAAGAAACCCAGUAAAAACCAACGAAGAAAAGAUACCCAAAGAGAUUUUUAAGCAUUCAAACGAAGGGGGAUUUCAGCCUUGGAGACUACCGAAUGAACAACCAUCAAAUCCAGACAUUCAGCAUUCACCGGCUCAUGAACAACCGUCCAGUCCACACUUUCAAUAUCCGAACAUUAAGGGAAUUGAUUUGAACGUUAAACUGGAUUCCCCAUAUGAAGAAUCAAACGAUCCACAGUUACAGCAUUCCCCAGAAGAUUCAACUCAUUCCACCGGUCUUGAUUCACAAAAUUUGACUCAUGGACAACAAUCCCGUCCAAACGUUCAACAUGCAAACUCUGGAAGAUUCGAGACUUGGACACAAGCGGAUUCAAUUCCUGGGCAAUCAUCCUCUACUCCCUUUAAGCAUUCAAACUUUGGUGCAUUCCAAACCUGGACAAAAACAAACUUGCCGCAUGAAGAAUCAUCCAAUCCACCAAACAUUGAAGAAUCCCAGCCUUCAACUCAACCGAAAAAACUUCAAGGAUUUCGACCUUAUAAUCAAAGAGGUUAACUGAAACAAGCUGUGGAUACCUAUCUAACUACUGUAUUUCCUCUAAAAUAAGUCUCGAGUCUUUUUUUCGAUCGCCCACUUUAGUUGGCUUAGAUAAAAGGGGGGAGGGGGCUAUUUUUUCGAUGCCUAAAUUUUUUGGAAACUAGAAUUUAUUACAAAGAAUAACAAUUUUCUUAAUUUAGAAUUUCAGACCUCUUUUGGCCCACUCUCUCUUUUUUUCCACACAUCCCCUCUUUUGCUCUACACUUCCCUAAACAAUUAGUAUUAGAAUUGUCCAGACAAACUUGUCUCUCCUA